UCCUCAUCAUCUUACUCGUUAGAAAGCGGCCGUUCGUACAUCCUGGUCAUCUGAAGUUCGAAAUGGUUCGAAAGGUGUUGCUGAUAUUUGCAUUGGUUCAGGUGGUCUUUGGGAGUGACAUGGCACCAUGGAAUUACGAUGACACUAUGAAAUGGGGUGAUGAUUAUCCCUUUUGCGAUGGUAAUGAACAAUCCCCAAUCGACAUUAAGGAUGCAAUGGAAAAAGAAUUUGACAACUUGUUGUCAUUCAGUACGAAUUACAUGACAUGCAUCACAGGAACCCUGUUCAAUAAUGGACACACAGUUCAAUUUAACGUGGACGAAAGUGAGCCCUCAAGAUUGAUAUUCCAAGGACCACUAGGAAGCCAGCCCUACAAAUUGCUGCAAUUCCACUUACAUUGGGGUUCCGAUUCCACGAAGGGCUCUGAGCAUACCUUGGAUGGCCAAGCCUUCCCUGCGGAAAUCCACUUGGUUCACGUAAACGCGAGUCUCGACGGACCCCUUGGUAAGCGGGGUGACCUGGCUGUGGUCGGCUUAUUCAUCGAAGUUGGUGAAAACGCAAAAAUGGCCUUUCAGCCUCUGGUUGAAAAACUUCCGAGUCUGAAGAAUAAGGAUGACAGCACUUCAAUUACCAUCAACAUGGCAGACAUUCUGGGAGGCGUGGAAGAUUUCAGCAAAUGGACCACCUAUCUCGGAUCUUUGACCACCCCUGGUUGUAACGAGAUUGUGACUUGGAUUAAUAUGGAGGAUCCAAUCAAAAUGGCCGAGGAAGAGUUGAAAGAACUAAGAACACUCAUCAAUUCCGAUAAGAAACCAAUGGUGGACAACUUCCGACCUCCAUUGGAACUUAAGGAUAGAAAAUUGUACAAAAAUAUGCCAAAAGCAACUUAAACGUUCGUACCUGUCCGUGUCAUUUCAAAUAAGUUCAGAUAUGCUAUUGAUCCUAUUACAUUAU